UGUGGCAGUUUAUCAAAUCAUAUGCGUCUUUACUCUCUCACAGACGAGGAGACCAAGCAUCACUCGCUCUGCUGGUAAAGGCAGCAGAUUCUCUGCCACCAUGAGCCUUCUUCGCCUCUGGUGUGCCUCCCCGACUGCCUCAUUGCCGCUUUCGGCGGGUACCCAUCAACGGAAGCUCGACAGCCACCGCUUUGAUCUUGUUUUCUUUCCUCCUGGAAAAACCUCCUUCCGCAUCAGAACCUCCAGAAGCUUGGAUUUUCCUCAGACGGUAGAGAACGAAGAUAGGCAGGACGCUGGUGAGAGUCCUAAGGAUGGGUUGGAUGUGGAACAUCGGGAAACUAAUGGCGGAGUUCGUGCAGACGGUGUUGUUGGUGGGGAAGAGGCCGAUUUGGCUCGUAGCAAUUUGGGGACGCCUGAGAGAGCUCGGAAGAAGGUAGUGGAAGUCGACGAAUCCGAUAGAUUCACGCUUCGAAACGGACGGGAGGUUUUUGAGGAAAAAGCUUACUUGGUUGGCGUUGAACAUAAAAGAGGAAAAGAUGAUUUAUUUGUUAUCGAAGAAUCAUUAGAGGAACUUGCUCAGCUGGCAGACACUGCUGGAUUGAGGGUAGUUGGAUCUACAUAUCAAAAGCUUGGGAAUCCCAACCCAAGAACAUACAUAGGAUCUGGCAAGGUUGCAGAAAUCCGAACUGCAAUUCAUGCUCUGGACGUUGAGACCGUAAUUUUUGAUGACGAGCUAUCACCAGGACAACUUCGCAACCUUGAAAAGGCCUUUGGAGGAGAUGUACGAGUUUGUGACCGCACAGCCCUUAUUUUGGACAUUUUUGAUCAGCGUGCUGCAACUCGUGAAGCAUCUUUGCAGGUUUCAUUGGCUCAAAUGGAAUAUCAAUUACCACGGCUAACAAGAAUGUGGACGCACCUUGAACGACAAGCUGGAGGGCAAGUGAAGGGAAUGGGAGAGAAGCAGAUAGAAGUGGACAAGCGUAUCUUGCGAACUCAAAUAGGUGUUCUGAGGAAGGAGUUGGAAUCUGUUAGACAGCAUAGAAAGCAAUACCGAAAUCGACGUUUGUCUGUACCUGUACCUGUGGUUUCUCUUGUGGGUUAUACAAAUGCUGGGAAAAGUACACUUUUAAACAGACUAUGUGGGUCAGAUGUUCUUGCAGAAGAUCGCUUGUUUGCAACAUUGGAUCCAACUACAAGAAGGGUGAAGAUGGGAAAUGGGAGAGACUUCCUUUUAACGGACACUGUUGGAUUUAUCCAGAAACUGCCAACUACUCUUGUUGCAGCUUUCCGGGCAACACUCGAAGAAAUCUCAGAAUCCUCACUGCUGGUGCAUGUUGUGGACAUAAGCCACCCCCUUGCACAGCAGCAAACAGAUGCAGUUAGCCAGAUACUGAAAGAAUUAGAUGUGACCUCCAUUCCCAAGCUAACGGUCUGGAACAAGGUUGAUAUGGUGAACGAUCAUGAAGAAAUUAAGCUACAAGCAGCUGAGAGUGGUGAUGUUAUAUGCAUAUCAGCUCUGACGGGUGAGGGACUGCAGGAGUUCUGUGAUGCAAUUCAAACAAAAUUGAAGGACUCAAUGGUAUGGAUAGAAGCACUUGUACCUUAUGACAAAGGGGAGCUUCUCAAUACUAUACAUGAAGUUGGAAUGGUGGAGAAAAUGGAUUACAAGGAGGAAGGUACAUUCGUUAGAGCAUAUGUUCCUCUUCCGCUUGCAAGAUCAUUAACUCCCAUGAGGCAGUUCUGUGCUUCAUAAAUAAAUGGUGUUACCAAUGGAUUCGGAAGCCCUUAUUUCCAGAACUAGGUUCAGAUCAUAGAGCAACUGUACCUUCUGCAGGAGAUGAGGUAUCGGUGGCUACUGGCUGCAUUGCUUGUACAUAAACCGCACGGAUGAGACCAUAAUGGAAUGAAAGAAAUGAUUUUUUGUUGUAAA